AUAACUCAUGGCAGAGAACAAAAGAGAUUAAGAAAUUGCUUGGCCUAAUUAUAUGUUUACCAGAAACUGUUUAGUAUAUAUAUUGUAGAAUUAACAAAAAAAAAAACAUAGAGCAAUAAUAUUUCAACUACUAGUUUCAUAAACUAAUUAUUCUAAGAGAAAAAAAAAUUAAAAAAAUGACUGCGAAUUUAAAUUACAUUUUGCUUUUCCUUGCAUUUAAUUUGCUCGUGUUACAAAUUAAUGGUCGGGAAGCUGCUGCGGGUGAUACCAUUGUAUUUGAAAUAACCAAAUAUGGUGCAAAGCCUAAAGCCGAUGUUACACAGGCAUUUUUAGACGCAUGGAGUGAUGCAUGUGAAUCAAAAAAACGAAGCAAGGUACUAAUUCCUAAAGGAGAUUACUUGCUAGGUCCUAUUAAACUGAAAGGUCCAUGCCAAACACCAACUAUAAUAGAAAUUCUAGGAAACUUCAAGGCCCCUUCAAGUUUGGCUUCGUUUAAGAAAGAAGAUACAUGGUUUAAGGUAGAGUAUGUUGAUAGUUUGACAAUCACAGCUCCUAAAGGGGCAGGUGUAUUUGAUGGCCAAGGAAAAGAGGGUUGGAAACAGAAUGGAUGCAUUAAGAGCUACGUCGGAUGCUUCACCCUACCUUACAAUUUUAGGUUCAAUUUUGUGACGAAUUCAAAGAUUGUCGGCUUAACUUCAAAAGACAGCAAGCUAUUUCACAUAGCCCUCCUAGGGUGUAAGCACUUGGAGAUGAGUGGCAUAACUAUAAAAGCCCCAGCAGAUAGCCCUAACACAGAUGGCAUCCACAUCGGGCGUUCAGAAUUUGUUACCAUAAGAGGAUUCACCAUUGGUACCGGAGAUGACUGUGUGUCCUUCGGUGAUGGUGCUAAGAACGUCCUGGUGGAACAUGUCACCUGUGGACCUGGCCACGGCAUUAGUGUUGGGAGUCUUGGCUUAUAUCCUAAUGAGGAUCCAGUGUCGAAUAUCACUGUAAGGCAUUGUACCAUUAAGAACACGGACAAUGGUGUCCGUGUUAAAACAUGGCACGACUCAUAUCCAUCCACUGUUACCAAGCUGCAUUUUGAAGAUAUCACUGUUGAAAAUGUUAGAAACCCCGUCAUUGUUGAUCAAGAGUACUGCCCCCACGAUCACUGCAAAGAAAAGACAUCAUCCAAAGUUAAGAUUUCCGACAUUAAGUUUAUGAACAUAAAGGGAGCUUCAAGUGGAAAGGAGGCCGUGAAGUUGAUUUGUAGCAGCGGAUAUCCGUGUGACAAGGUGGAGCUCGCAAACAUAGACCUUAAAUACACUGGCAGCGAUGGUCCAGCGGUUUCGAUGUGUAAAUUCGUAAAGCCUACUCUUGUUGGAAAGCAGAAUCCACCUGCUUGUGAUGCUCCUGCUACCCCUGUUGUUGAAUUGUAGUCUCUAGCUUUACCUUGUAGUAUCUUUAAUAAGCAGUCUAGCAAUUUAGCAUAGACUUCGAAU